GAACCUCUCCCCGCACCGGAUAGGCUGAGGGCGGCUCCCAUCCCUGUACGGAGCAAUUCCUGUGCUGCUAUUGGAAGGGUGAUGGAACCUCAUAAGUUUCUAUACGUGCUGCUACUGUGUGCAGUCGAGGUGAUCUCUAAACCUACCUUUCGUAAGGAGAGGAUACGCCUGGACCCUGAUCUCAACACUCAGGUUCAUGAAGAGAAUCAGAGCUUCCAACAGGACCAUGAGGCCUUCCUGGGCAAAGAUGAUGCCAAGACAUUUGAUCAGCUAACUCCGGAAGAAAGCAAAGACAGGCUAGGGAAAAUAGUCGACAGAAUAGACAGUGACAGUGAUGGGUUUAUAAGCACUGAAGAGCUGACUUCAUGGAUUAAACGGGUCCAGAAAAGAUAUAUCUAUGAAAAUGUAGCACGAGUCUGGAAGGACUAUGAUGUCAAUCAGGAUAACCAUAUUUCAUGGGAAGAGUACAAGCAGGCCACCUAUGGGUACUACUUGGCAAACCCUGAGGAAUUCCAAGAUGCAGACCAGUUCAGCUACAAGAGAAUGCUGCCACGUGAUGAGAGGAGGUUCAAAAAGGCCGAUCUUAACGGAGACAUGAUGGCAAAUCGGGAAGAGUUUACAUCAUUCCUCCACCCAGAAGAAUUUGAGCAUAUGAAAGAUAUUGUUAUACUGGAGACUCUGGAAGAUAUUGACAAGAAUGGAGAUGGAUUUGUCGAUGAAGAUGAAUAUAUUGCGGAUAUGUUUUCACAUGAAGAAGGGACUCCUGAGCCUGAAUGGGUAGCCACAGAGAGGGAGCAGUUCUCUGAUUUCCGGGACCUCAACAAAGAUGGAAAAAUGGACCAAGAAGAAAUCAGACACUGGAUUCUUCCCCAGGAUUAUGAUCAUGCCCAGGCUGAGGCCAGACACCUGAUAUAUGAAUCCGACUCCAACAAGGAUAAACUACUGACCAAGGAGGAGAUACUAAAUAAUUGGAACAUGUUUGUAGGCAGCCAGGCUACAAACUAUGGAGAAGACCUUACCAGGAACCAUGAUGAAUUGUGA